CCCUGGGCCAGUCUUCCACAGGAAGCUCUGAUCGCCUCUCCCUCCACUCCUCUGGACGACACUACAACUCCCCCGCCAGCACCUCCAGCCGCGAGGAGAGGCGCUGCCAUAGACGGAGGCCGCAACAACAGCAUGGGACUCAAGUUCCUACGGACACCCACCCAGAGUGCCCCAGCCUGGGGUAUGAGGGUCCUGCUGAUUGCUCAUUUCCCCGGAGCUCUGGUUACCACUCAGCGGAAGGACAUACUGAAGAGGUGGAGAGCUAUGGCUACACAGAUCCCCCCACAGAUCUCAGCUACACAACUGACUGCCAAGUUGAUAGUUACCUGGAGAACAAUUCUGGAUAUGAGCACGACAUGACUGAGGAGUUUACAGAGGGGACCUGUACCUGGACUGUGAACUCCUUACUGAGCUACCCCACUGUGGCUGAAACAGACAUGACAUUGGUCAGUGUAGAUGAAGGAGUUAUUCCAGACAUGGACGGCCACCUACCUCGCCCUAACAGCGCAGAGAUCCAAAACGUGGGUUUUAACGUGAAGCGGAUCGGACGAGCCGUGCUGGACUUCAGCUCCGCCCUGCGGGGGGCACUACGCAAGCUGGAAGGACCCGGAACUGUCCAGAGUCCUGGAGAUGAGACUGAGGUUGAACUACCCACAAGCCUUUUUGUUGAGUCUCAAACAAACCUAUCCCACACAGAUAUGUCCCAAACGCCACAAGAGGAUGGGGUGGACCCAGGGGCCAGGGACGACACAGAGGGACUAACCCAGACCAGUGUCCUCUCCUCUGCUCCCUCAGAACCCUGCCACGGUGAACCCCUGCCAGAGGAGGUCAGUGACGGCCUCCAACAGUGUCAGGGUGACCCUUACGGACCUUCUCUCCUUCCUUACCCCGGACAGGACGUUUCCCAACCAGGCCCAGACCUUGCUUCACCUGGCCCAGAGCCUAUGGUCUCCCCACCCCAUGCAGAAGAAAAAGCAGUCUCUCCUCUGCCUCAGGGCCCAACACACACCCCCACCCGGAACACCUCUCUAUCGCAAUGCACCACUGUAGAGUCCCUCUCACUCUCCUUCUCGGCUGAGGAGCCGGCACCCCAGGAGGUGCAGGGAGACGAACCCCCACCGCUGUUGCUGUCACAGCCUGACACAGAAUCCCCAGAAGUCCCAGAUACCCCUGCAGCCCCAGAGGGCGAGGCAGCAAGAGAUGCAGCGGGAAAGGCAGAGACCGCAGAGGAGCACCCCAUGGAGAUGAGCCAGAGGGACGUGCGGAGGCUGAAGUGCCUGAGGACCUUCCAGCAGAUCCUGCGGGAAAAGAGGGAGACGCGACGCCAGCUCACCAGCAUGACCAUGUCCGCCUUCAAGGAGGACGACCUCACCCCAGAUGGAAGUCGAGAUGACGAUCAGGGCCGAGACAGAGAUGGAGAGCCCAGCAAGCACCAGUGGGCUAAGCCUGGUGGUGCCACACCCUUUGGGAUCGACAGCAUGCCUGACCUCCGCAAGAAACGGCCUAUCCCCCUGGUCAGCGAGCUGUCCAUGUUGCAGGCCAGGAAGGCUGGGCUCUCUGUGGCUUCAAAUACAUCCAUCAAGGACCAGGAGCUGAAGAGCCACGUGUAUAAGAAGACCCUACAGGCUCUGAUCUACCCUAUCUCCUGCACCACGCCCCAUGCCUUCCAGGUGUGGACCGCCUCCACUCCCACCUACUGCUAUGAGUGUGAGGGGCUGCUGUGGGGCAUCGCCCGCCAGGGCAUGAGGUGUGCUGAGUGUGGGGUCAAAGUUCACGAGAAGUGCCAGGAGCUGCUAAACGCCGACUGUCUGCAGAGGGCAGCUGAGAAGAGCUCUAAGACGGGAGCAGAGGACCGGACCCAGCACAUCAUCACAGCUAUGAAGGACAGGAUGAAGAUCAGGGAGAGGAACAAGCCGGAGAUCUUUGAGGAGAUCAGGGCUGUGUUCGCUGUCGCUAAGCUGCUCCAUGCACAGCAGAUGAAGACCAUCAAACAGAGCGUGUUAGAUGGAACCUCCAACUGGUCCGCCAAGAUCACCGUCACCGUCCUCAGUGCUCAGGGUCUCCAGGCUAAAGACAGGACCGGCUCCAGUGACCCCUACGUGACCAUCCAGGUGGGGAAGACCAAGAAGAGGACCAAGACCAUCUUCGGAAACCUCAACCCUGUCUGGGAGGAGAAGUUCAACUUUGAGUGCCACAACACGUCAGAUCGUAUCAAGCUGCGUGUUUGGGACGAGGACGAUGACAUCAAGUCCAGGGUGAAACAGCGUCUCAAGAGAGAGUCAGAUGACUUCCUGGGUCAGAGCAUCAUUGAGGUCAGAACACUCAGCGGAGAGAUGGACGUCUGGUACAACCUGGAGAAGAGGACUGAUAAGUCAGCAGUGUCUGGGGCCAUCAGGCUACAGAUCAGUGUGGAGAUUGAAGGGGAGGAGAAAGUAGCGCCGUACCACGCUCAGUACACCAGCCUGCACGAGAACAUAUUCCAUUACUCUACUGACGUGGUUGGUCAGGGGGUAGUGAAGGUGCCUGUUGCCUAUGGAGAGGAUGCGUGGAAGGUCUACUUUGAUGAGGUGCAUCAGGAUAUUGUAGAUGAGUUCGCCAUGCGCUACGGCAUCGAGGCCAUCUACCAGGCCAUGACUCACUUUGCCUGUCUGUCCUCUAAGUACAUGUUGUCUGGUAUUCCUGCUGUGAUGAGUACUCUGUUGGCCAAUAUCAAUGCCUUCUACGCCCAUCCUACGGCCAUCACCAACGUCUCCGCAUGUGACCGCUUCAAUGCCUCCAACUUCGGGAAAGAUCGUUUUGUUAAGCUUCUUGAUCAGCUACACAACUCUCUUCGUAUUGACCUCUCCACAUUCAGAAACAACUUCCCAGCCAGUAGUAAGCCUCGUCUGCAGGACCUGAAGUCUACUGUGGAUCUGCUGACUAGCAUCACCUUCUUCAGAUUGAAGGUGUUGGAACUUCAGAACCCCCCCAGGGCAGCCCAUGUGGUGAGAGACUGUGUGAAGGCAUGUGGUAACUCCACCUAUGAGUACAUCUUUAACAACUGUAUAGACCUCUACAUGAGACAGUUCCAGCCCACCCUAGAGCCUGAGACAGAGGAGACUGGGCCUACUAUCCACAACCUAGACUUCUGGCCCAAACUCAUCACCCUCAUCGUCUCCAUCAUAGAAGAAGACAAGAACUCCUACACACCCAUCAUUAACCAGUUUCCUCAGGAGCUCAAUGUGGGGAAGGUCAGUGCUGAGGUCAUGUGGACGCUGUUUGCUCAGGACAUGAAGUAUGCCCUAGAAGAGCAUGAGAAGCACCGUCUGUGUAAGAGUGCUGACUACAUGAAUCUUCACUUCAAGGUCAAGUGGCUUUACAAUGAGUAUGUGACCGACCUGCCUGCCUUCCAAGACACUGUACCAGAGUACUCGGCGUGGUUUUUGCAGUUUGUCCUUCAGUGGCUGGGUGAGAACGAGGAUGUGUCCAUGGAGUUUAUGCAUGGAGCUCUAGAGAGGGACAAGAGGGAAGGGUUCCAGCAGAUGUCGGAGCAUGCUCUGUUCUCCAGUUCAGUAGUGGACAUCUUCACCCAGCUCAACCAGAGCUUUGAGAUCAUCAAGAAACUAGACUGUCCAGACCCCAAUGUCCAGGCCCACUACAACAGACGCUUCGCCAAGACCAUCAACAACGUGCUGAUGCAGUACUGUGCUGACCUGUCCAAGGAGUUCCCCUCCUACUGCCAGAAGGAGAAGAUGCCCUGUGUGUUGAUGAAUAACAUACAACAGAUGCGGGUCUUGUUGGAGAAGAUGUUUGAGUGCAUGGGGGCUAAACAGCUGGACUCCGAGGCGGCGGACAUCUUGAAUGACCUGCAGGUCAAACUGACCACUGUCCUGGACAACCUGAGCUCCAUGUUUAGCAAGAGCUUCCAGGCCCGUCUGACUGUCUGCAUGCAUCAGAUGGCUGAGAUCCUGUACCAGAUCACAGGUCAUCCUAACCGCCAGACGGCCGAGGCCGACGCUGACAACAUGCUGAGGCCUCUCAUGGAGUUCCUGGAUGGAAAUCUGAGUCUGUUUGCUGACACCUGUGAGAAGACGGUUCUGAAGAGAAUACUGAAGGAUCUGUGGAAGAUUGUUCUGAGCAGCUUGGAGAAGACCAUCAUCUUACCACCGAGCAACGAUGGUUUCGGAGCUCAGAUUCUGACUGCUGCCAAGGGGCUGUCCAACCUCAAGGGAGGGGGCGAGGCCAAAAGCCUUACACCCAAACACUGUGUCAUCAUGGACGCCGCACUGGAAACCAUUAAGCAAUACUUCCAUGCGGGCGGUAAUGGUCUGAAGAAGACCUAUGUGGAGAAGAGUCCUGAACUGUCUAAGCUGAAAUACGCUCUGUCACUCUACUCUCAAAGCACUGAUGCACUGAUUAAGACUUUCGUCACCACACAGAACGCACAGGUUCAUAAUGGGAUGGGCAUCAGGAUCACUCUUAGUGAGAAUGUUCGGCCUGACAGAGGUUCAGGAGUGGAGAAGCCUAUUGGUGAGGCCCAGAUCCAGAUAGACAUGGUGCCUCCAGGCAAAGACAAGAUCCACAAGGUCAACAUCAGAGUGAUAGCAGUGAAUGAUAUGAAGUGGCAGACAUCAGGGAUGUUCCGUCCCUUUGUGGAGGUCAAUAUUAUUGGUCCACUCCUCGCUGCCCAGAAGAGGACGUUCACCACCAAGUCAAAGAACAACAGCUGGACAGCCAAGUACAACGAGGCCUUCCAAUUUAUCCUGGGUAAGGAGUCUCCAGACUGCUAUGAGCUGCAGGUGACAGUGAAGGACUAUUGUUUCGGCCGGGCCAACCGUGUUGUGGGCGUGGCCGUGGUCCAGCUGAGGGACGUAGCUGACAGGAAGUCGUGCGUGUGCUGGUGCCCACUGGGUGGAACCAUCCAGAAGGACGAGACAGGCGUAACGGUGAUGCGUAUCCUGUCUCAGCGGGUGGCCGACGAGGUGGCCAAGAACUUUGUCAAACUGAAGGCCGAGACACGCCCUGUAGAGGAGGGGAGAUGA